CAGCCAUCGGAACACGUUGUUACUGUGAACAGAUUCGAAUCAUCUCUCUGAGAAGAAUCUUCCCCCACAUAUUUUGAGGGAGACAUCACUUCGAACUAUAUCCGGCUUGAAAUAUUACUUGCUUGCCGAAAAGCGCGCACUCAUUUUGGAAUAGGAUUUCGAGCUAUAGUCCGUUUCAUUAUGAAUUCCCUUUUCAACUCCGCUCUCAAGCAGUCAUCUGCUAUACGCCGUGAUUUAGACACAUUCUCACAAUCGCCCGCAACAUCAUCAGCAGCACUGCAAGGCCAAAUCGCAGCUUCUCUUGCCUCCUUAUCACGAACUGUCGAUGACUACUCGGCACUAUCCAAGAAGGAAUUGAUCCGUGAAAAACAAGAGAAAGCAUUCGACAGAGUUAAGAACUUCCGGUCCGAGCUGGUUGAUUACAGAGAACAAUAUGACCGGCUUCGGAAAGAACGAGAGGAUGCUCAAUCCAUGUCCAACCGCAAUGAGCUCCUUGGCCGACGACCCCAUCAUGCUGCUACACCGGAGAAUCCCUACGCGCAAUCUUCUCUUCCCAACCCCUCACCUUUUGCCCCCUCAUCGUCCAGAUCAGGCCUCAGUUUUGGUACAUCAGCAGCGGACUACGACCGAGAAACACACGCCCUGCGCGAGCAGUCUUUUUUUUCCAAUACCAACACUCAGCUAGAUGAAUUUCUUGACCGAGGGCGCGCUGUUCUUUCGGAUCUAGGACAGCAGCGGGAAGUGCUCAAGGGGACACAGCGUCGGUUGUACAGCGUUGCCAACACCCUGGGUGUGAGCGGGGAUACAAUUCGCAUGGUCGAACGGCGGGCAAAACAGGACAAGUGGAUAUUCUGGGCUGGAGUUUUGAUCUUCUUCCUGUUUUGCUGGGCAGUGUUGCACUUUUUGAGAUGAUUGUAGUCGAUCUUCUGGUUUUCUGUAUUUGGCUUGCUUUGCUCGUUUGACAAGCGCUGGCGUUUGGAUG